AUGAGCACUGAUUGGGGAACCGCCGGAACUGGAACAUUCACCUCAACUUCGCACUCGCAGCCCUACGAUGCCAUUGAUCCAAGCAAAGUAACAUUGCCUAACCCCUUUGUCGUUUGUGUUGUUGGUGCAUCACGAGGCAUCGGAGCCGGAGUAGCCUUCAACUUCGCCAAAGCAGGUGUCUCUGGGAUCGUUCUCGCCUCUCGAAGGACAUCCGGUCUCGAAGCAACAGCAGCAGAAUGCAAGAAAAUCAACCCCAAAAUCCAAACAGCCAUUGUUAGUUGCGACAUCACGUCCGCCGAUUCAGUAGCAAACCUCGCAUCAGAGACUCAGGCCAAAUUCGGGAGAUUGGAUGUCGUAGUCAUCAAUUCUGGAUUCUCAGGUCCUGUCAAGUUGAAAGUGACGGAGACGGACCCAGAAACUUUUCUCAAUGCCUCGAAUGUAAACUACGUCGGGACUUUCCUCGCAGCAAAGUAUCUAAUCCCACUUCUAUUGGAGACUGAACAUGGAGCGAAAACGCUCAUAACAGUCUCCAGUCUCGCGUCUCUAAUCGUUCGCGGACCUAUUGCAAAUGCGCAAUACUGCGUCAGCAAAACCGCUCAAUUGAAGCUGAUGGAACACAUUCAUGAACAGUACUUGGAUGAAGGCCUAGCGACGUACGCAAUUCAUCCUGGAGCCGUACUCUCAGAGAUGGCAGAUGAGACUACCCCUGAUGCGUUUCGCCCAUAUCUCACUGAUUCGCCGGAGCUAUGUGGAGCUUUCUGCGUUUGGUUGGUCAAGGACGACUCGAAGCGUUCGUGGCUGACGGGGAGACUGCUCUCCGCCAAAUGGGAUUGCAUCGAGUUGGAGAAGCGGAAGGAAGAUAUCAUAGUCAAAGAUUUGCUAAAGUUAAAGUUGACCCUUUGA